AUGGUGGUGCAGGGGGCGUUCCUGGCGAAGGAUGGGCACGACGCGGAGGCCGAGGGCGAGGCUGGCGGGGCAGGCAUCGUCGCGAUGCUGACGAAGCCCCCGCUGGUGUACGUGGUGGCAGCCCUGAUCCUGCUCUGCGUGCUGACCGCAGUGUUCCAGAGGUACAAGGAGGAGCUGAGCCCGUACUUGUUCGGGCUGCUCGAUUGUUGCGCGGGCUGCGCCCGAGGCCUCACGGCAGGCGGGCAGGGCUGCUGCUACGUCGCCAAGCGUUGCUGCUACCCCGUCAAGGAGAGCGUCUUCUUCUGCGUCGACAAGUGUGACAGGUGCCUCCACCCUCACAAGGACAAGGCGAAGAAGAUGCAGGCCGACGCCCCGACCUUCCACUUCUGA